AUGCGAUGGCCUUGGUCAGGCCAUGACGAGGAAAAGAAGAGGAAUGCCGCUACCAGAUCAAAGCGAGCGGAGACAGCAAACUCCUGGACAGGGACGUUGUUAGAGUCGCGGACUCUAGUUCCUUCUGUCGCAUUGACAGUCUCGACGGUUCUCGGACUGCGCCUCUACAAGGCGUACUUUCGGCGUAUCCCAACAGUCAAUCACAUCAAACCCGAUUAUUUUCGACGCAGGACUCUGUUCGGCCAGGUUACGAGCGUUGGCGAUGCAGACAACUUCCGCUUGUAUCACACCCCAGGUGGAAGAUUAGCGGGGUGGGGAUGGUUGCCAUGGAAAACUGUACCGACCAAAAGAGAGGCGCUCGUCAAGCAGACGGUAGGUCCUGUACUGAUUCUAUGGAGAUUACGUCCUCGGCGCAUCUCUUCUGAUUGGAUGCUAAAGGCAAUACAGCUUCACAUUAGAAUAGCUGGUGUCGAUGCACCGGAACUUGCCCACUGGGGACGCGAAGCGCAGCCGUACUCGAAGGAGGCCCUGGACUGGCUGACGCAAUUAAUCCUCCAUCAACGAGUGCGUGUGCGCUUAUAUAGGCGCGAUCAAUAUGAUCGGGUGGUAGCACAGGUUUACUACCGCAGGUGGUUCUUCAGGCAAGACGUGGGAUUGGAAAUGCUGAAGAUGGGGCUGGCAACGGUGUAUGAGGCUAAGAGUGGGGCCGAGUUUGGUGAUGUUGAGCAGCAAUAUCGUGCUGCCGAGGAGAAGGCCAAGGAGAGUAGGGCUGGGAUGUGGGCAAAGCCAAAUCUACUACAGAGACUGGGUGGGGCGGGGACAAAGGCGCCGGAAAGCCCUCGGGAGUACAAGAGCAGACACACGGCAGCAGAGAAACAAAAGAAAGCGGCGUGGUAG